AUGAUUAAGGAUCUUAAUCCAAGGUAAAUUUAAUUCUAAAACUUUCCUUAGUUCUGAAUAUAAACACAGUAAGUCAUUCUUUUAAAUUACUUAUUCAACAAUGCAAUGGUCCAAAUCUCCAAUCCCUAUAGCCAUUACUAAUCAAAUCAUUUCUGACGAAGUUAAAUUUAUAAAUUAACAAGGAGUGGUAAGGUCUAAAACACUUAAAAGUGUUGAAAACUAUUUAUUUUAUGAAACAAAAAAGGUAGAACAUUACACCUUAUUUUUUUUUUAGGGUAAAACCAAAUGGAUUGACAUAGAGAAUGCUAUUAUAGAACUUUUUUAUCAUCCAAAAUUUGGUUCAGCCUUGAGAUUAAUAAAAUGUUUCGACGUUGUUGAAAUCUUUUGUGAUGCAAAAUCAUGGCUUGGCUACCUUAAACGCUUUACUGUAUAAUGCGAUUUUAAUGCUACAUAUAUAGUUAAAAAGAAAAUCGGCAGAGGUUAAUUUUCAGAUGUAAAAAAAAAUUUCACUAUUUCCAUUUAGGUUUAUAAAGGCAUUAACAAAUAUGAUGGAAAUGAAUAUGCAGUCAAAAUCUAUUAAAAAUAAAGUUUAAUUGAUGAAAUUGAUAGAGCUGCAUUAUUAAAAAGAACUUCUAUUCACAGAAGACUUUAAUCUGAAUUUGCUCUUAAAUUAUAUGAGAUCUUUGAAAAUAGUGAAUAAUUGAUUGUAGUCUUAGAAUUAAUUACUGGAGGUAAUCUAAUGGAUUAUAUUACCAGAGAAAACUGUUUUCUAGAAGAUCAAGCUGCUAAAAUCAUUUUUAGAUUAGUCAAGACAAUAAGUUAUUUACAUUCAAAGAAUAUUAUUUAUAGAGACUUAAAACCUGAUAACAUUGCUUUUAGAAUAGCAGAUAAUAUUGAAACACUUUGUAUAAUGAAAUUUUAAUUGGCUGAUUUCUAUGAUCCAGAAACAAACUACGAUUAUGUAUGUUGUGGUACACCUGGUUUUAUUGCACCAGAAAUCUUACUUCAUUAGAAUUAUGACCUAAAAGUUGAUGUAUUUAGUAUUGGAGUAAUUUUAUACAUUUUAAUGACUGGAACACCACCAUUUGAUGGUGAUACAAGAUUAUAGUAGAAUAUUGAGAGUGAUGUUGAUUUCAGUUCAAUUAAUUUAAGUCCACUUGGCCUUGAUUUUAUUGUUGGUACACUAUAACCAAACCCAGAAGAAAGAUUGACAUCUCAUUAAUGUCUAAAUCAUUAAUGGUUUAUAUAAGAACAAUUAGCAAAAUUAAAAUAAAUGUAAAUGAAAAAACCAACUUUAUUCUAAAAUCAACAAAUUGCUAGAAGAAUUAAAUAAUCUAAAACCUUGACUCUUAGUACUUCCUCUCCUAGAAGUCAACUCUCUAUUUAAAGUCCAAGAAACCAUAAUUUACAAUAGAGUUAAAAUUAUCCUUCUAAACUUACAUAAUUCAAUACUGAAAAAUUAAUUGGACCUUCUUUUAGUUCUAAAGAUAUCAUUUAAUUUGAAAAGAUCUAAACAUAAAUUCCUGAUCAUGACUAAAACUAAGAAUAAAAUAAUUAAAAAGCAUCCAUUUAAAGCUAAAUUAGAUUAUAAAGGAAAAAGACUUAAUCUUUUGUUAUUAAAUCAAAUUCAACAGCAAAACAAUUCAACAUUAUUAAAUCAAAGUUAAAAUGA